CUUGGUUCUUUCGGAUCCUCUUUCUUCCGAAUAAUUCGAUUACUAGCUUUAAAAGAUCGAAUUCAAUUCAGCUAUAUUUAUUUAUUUAUUUAUUUAUUAUUAUGCAUGCAGCCAGUGCACCAUGAUCCAAGUGCCCUGAUCGUUGCUGCAGACGCCACCCAGCUACCGUAGCUAGCUAGCUGUGGAUACUGAACACCACCAUGUCGGGUCGCCUUGUGAUUCUCCCAAAGAAGACGUAUUGUCCGUGGAAUCCCCAGAAUGUGGAGCGCGUGUUGCGGGAUGAGCGUUUGGAACGGGAGCGACAAGAAGAGGAACAGGAAGCGGCACAGCGAAAGGAAUCCCAGGAACGAUGGAAACUUCUGAAACAGCAACGAGUGGAACAACAGCAAGAUGCAGAAGACGACAAUCCAGAAAAAGAACAGCCACAGCGAUUCAAUCUGUUUGAAAAAGAAGAACAAGAAUUCUGUCGAGAAGGUACUUCACAAGGAUCACAGCAACAGCAGAAGAAGUCGGGAAUUUUGCCCGUGUUUCUGGGAGAAUCUGUCGAACGGCAACGGAUGCGAAUAGAAAAGCAGCAAGAGAAGGAAUCCAGGCCGUCGUACCAGCAAAAAAUAGACAAACGAAAGAAGCAAUUGGACCCCAUGAAGGAUUUUACAGAACCAUCCUCUGGUGCAGCUGCAGCCACCACCAAUACACAAAACAGUCAUGUCUUUUGGAAUCCCCACGAUCAUGACAAUAGUGAUCGGAAGCAACACCAAAAAUCCAAACGAUUCAACAAAUCCAAACAUCGAAAAAGGCGGCGCCAUGCCGACGACUCGAGCAGUAGCAGCCACGAACGACGGAAACGAAAACACAAGAAAAAGCACAAAAAGGAAGAACCAACCUGCGACGAGAUGGCGGCGCUCCGAAAACGACGCCUGGAACGGGAACAAAGGGAAAAGCUACGAGAACAGGCUGUCAUUCGAGAAGCCACGGGACACAUGCCGUCGCAACAACGAUAUUAUCAGGAUCAGUACAAUCCUCGAUUCAGUCGAAAGUGA